AUGACGUCAUUGAAGCUGAGGAACUUUAUAAAGCGCAUUGAAAAGAAGGAGCGUCAAACACCUGCGUCAAGAGCCAAGAAAGGACAUGUAGAGCGCAAGAAAGAUUAUAAGGUAAGGGCGGAGCAAAGCCAUGCAAAAGAACGCUUAAUCAAGACACUAACACAGCAGGCAGCUCAGAAGAAUCCAGACGAGUUCUACCAUGCGAUGGAGAAUGCAAGGACGCACGGAGGCUUGCUUGUUAGUAUCCCCACAUCUUCGCCACUGGAAGAUCCCAACGAUGCCAUCGCCGACGUCGUCCUAGACGCCACCGCACGUAAACUGCGCAAGGAAUACGAAGACAUCGCCAUGCGGAUACCCGGGAAGGGUAAGACCAAGCAUAUAGUAUUUUGUGACGACAAACGCAUUGAUAUAAGUCGUCGGGAAACUAAGGUAAACACCAAGAGUAGACUCCAUGGAAACGCGAGAGUAGACCCAGACGAUCUUAGCUCGGCGUCCACCGACAAUUUGAACCAGGACUUAACCUCGAUAACCGGUAAGAUAGAAAAGGUCAAGCAAGAACAAGUUCGUCGAGAAGCCCAGCGCUCUGCUUGCAAGACGGGCCCUGUUUAUGGUAAUAAGGACGAGAUUGGCCUUGAUAGCUACGGCAAUAAAAUGUAUAAGCUGCGCCAGAAGCGCUUUCGUUGA